AUGAAGGAGGAGGGUCCCCUGUUGCGGAAGGAUAUCUCCUCUAGUAGCUUUUCUAAUAGCUCUUAUGUUGGUGGACUUCCUGUCCUAAUAAAGGGGAAAGAGGGGAAGGGGAAGGGAAAGACCGACGAUGACGAGGUUAAGCAGAAGAACGAGAAUGGGGUGGUUGUAGGUAAGAAACAGAACGGGAACGGAAAACCUGAAGUUGAGGUUGCUGACACAAAUCUGAAUAGCGGGAUGUUCGGUGACAAACAUGAUGAUGAGGUUCUGGGUGGAGAUGAGAAUGGCGGUAGCAGCCUGUUCGUGGUGGUGUUAGAAAUGGCCCGUAGAUCUUGUUCAGCAAUGGACCCCUUAAAUUUUGGUUUAUAUAGUCUAGAAGUUUAA